CCUCGCCUCGCACAUGCGCACUCUGACUCAUCAAUACCAUGUCAAACCACAGAAAUGAAAGUGUUCCCUUGAAAAGUACGUGAUGAAGUGGUGAACGAGCAGUUUAGAUCACCGAAGAGUCCCCGAGGAGCUUGUUAACAACAAGCCAAAGAAACAUCAACAACAUGUUUGGAAAGAAGAAGAGAGCCCCGCAGCCCAGAGGACAGGGCGCUGCUGCAGCCAAGCAGAUGGGUCUGUUUAUGGACCCUGAUGAGAUGAUGAUGGGUAUGGAGGGGGAUCUGGACGACCCGGACCUGGAGGCUGAACUUGCUGCUAUCACUGGAGAUCGACCUGCUGGUGGAGGGAAAGCUGGGCACAAAGGCAAAAGCCCGCUGCCCAUGGAGGACAUCGCCAAGAUGGCUGACGAGUGUAUGAGAGACUUGGAUGAUGAUGAAGAUGACGGUGACCUAGAGGAUGAUGAGGAUCUAUUGGCAGAGCUGCAGGAAGUGGUGGGUGAGGAGGAGGCUGAGGAUGAUGUAACUGUUUCCUCCACAUCUUCUGCUGCUGCUGCUGCUGAGUCUCCUCAAGCUAAAACACCACAAUCCCCAGAGCCGCAGCAGCAGGAAGUAAAAGUCUCUUCUGCAGCACCGGGCAGCCUACAGCACACCCUGGAGGAGAGAGUCACCAUGUACAAGACGGCGUCCAAUAACGCCAAAGCUGCCGGGGAGACGUCCAAAGCCCGACGAUACGAUCGCGGCCUAAAGACUCUGGAGUCGAUGUUAGCCGCUGUGAAAAAGGGCAGAGCUGUAAACGAGGCAGAGAUUCCACCUCCCGUUGCCUCCGGAGCCCCGAGUGACCCCUCUCGUCCCGCUGUCCCCCACAGACCUCCUCCCCCUGUACCCUCCCCUCCAGAGUCCACUCCUUCAGAGAAGCCAGAGGAGUCAGAGCUGGUCAGUCCAAGCAGUGAAGAAGAGAAGUCAUCCUCCAUCUCUCUGCCUCCUCUGAGCAACGUCCCAUCACCUGAGGAGGCAGCAGAGGAGCAGACAGAGGAAGCGGUGAAACCACUGCAGACGGAUGCCAACGAGGCAGCCAAGGGGAUGCUUUUGGAGAGGCAGAAGGAGUACAAGAUGGCAGCCCUGAUGGCCAAGAAGCAGGGAGACGUGGAACAAGCUAAGCUUUACUUCAGGACCAGUAAGAGGUUUGAUGCAGUGAUCGAGGCGUUGGAGAAAGGACAAGAUGUCGACCUGAGUGGCCUUCCUCCACCGCCGGGAGACGGCGGAAGCUCUGCUUUGGUGAAAAGCCCGUCCUCAGGACCAAGUAUAGAAGUCACUGAACCGGUCACAUCAGCUCCAGCCGCUGCUCCCCCGUCAGCCCCUGCAGCUCCCAAAGACGUGCUAGAGGCUCUGGAGCAGAGAAGAGCCAAGUAUGUGGAGGCGUCCAAUCAGGCCAAAGCCAGCGGAGACGACCGCAAGGCCCGCAUGCACGACCGCAUCGCGAAGCAAUACCAGAGUGCCAUCAGAUCUCACAAAGCAGGGAAAGCCGUCAACUAUGAGGAGCUGCCAGUCCCACCUGGUUUUCCUCCGAUCCCCGGCCAGAAGUCGACAGGAGCUGAGCAGGGAUUCAUCGCUGCUCUGCAAGCAGCCGAUAAGAUCGCUUCUACUGAUCCUACUGCGUUAGCAAAUGAGGAAGACGAUGAUGAAAAGGAGGAGGGGUCUAAACCAGCUGCUCCAGUGGCACCAAAGAAGCCCACGUUAGAGGUCCCGCCUGCAGGUCAAGGAAGAAAGAGGACUCCAUCACCUUCACCUGACAGGACGUCCGGCAGGGAGGGGCUCUCACCUACAGCGGUCCAGCAGCUGGAGUUCCUGGAGGGCAGGAAGAAGCAGUACAUGAAGGCGGCUCUGCAGGCCAAGCAGAAGAACGACAUGGAGCAGGCCAAGGUUUUCCUCCGCACCGCCAAGGGCUUUGAGCCGAUGAUCGAGGCGGCACGCAGCGGGAAAACUGUGGACAUCAGCGCGGUGCCGUCGCCCCCUGGUGACGAAGAAGACGACUUCAUCCUGGUCCAUCAUAGCGACGUGCAGAUCUCAGAGAAAGCAGAGAAGGUUUACACGCAGCUGGCCAACAUCCUCAAAGAGCAGUACGAGAAAUGUAUGACCCACUCAAAGCAGUUCACACACCUGGGGAACGUUGCAGAGACAACAAAGUUUGAGAAGAUGGCGGCGAGCUGUAAGAAGAGUCUGGAGGUCCUGAAGCUGGCUCAGUCCAAAGGUCUGCCUCCCCCGAAACAUCACUUUGAGGAGCGAUCGUUCCACACCGUCAGGAUAUUUCCAGAGCUGAGCAGCACUGAGAUGGUCGUUGUUAUAGUCAAAGGGAUGAAUCUUCCUGCUCCCAGCGGAAUCCAAACCAACGACCUUGAUGCCUUUGUGAAGUUUGACUUCCCAUACCCGAGCACGGAGCAACCGCAGAGACACAAAACUGCUGUCAUCAAAAACACCAACUCCCCGGAGUUCAACCAGAGCUUCACCCUGACCAUCAACAGGAACCACCGCGGCUUCAGGCGGGUGGUGGCGUCUAAGGGCCUCAAACUGGAGCUGCUGCACAAAGGCGGCUUCCUGCGGAGCGACAAGCCGCUCGGCGCAGCCCUCGUGAAGCUGGAGAAACUGGAGUCACAGAGCGAGAUCAGGGAGAUCGUAGAGGUGAUUGACGGCCGUAAGCCCACAGGGGGUCGGGUCGAGGUGAAGGUCCGCCUGCGGGAGCCUCUUAGUGGUCAGGACAUGCAGACGAGCACCGAGCGCUGGCUGGUGGUCAACCAGUCACAGCUUCUGGUUUAGAGGCUGCUUCAGGAAUAAACACGUCAAAAAGAUAAAGAUGAAAGCUUCUCAAUCAAAAACACUCAGAUGAGGAGGAGGAGGAGGAGGAGGGAGGAGGAGGAGGAGGAGAGAGGAGGAGGAAGAGGAUGGAGUUUGAGAUGUGGUAAAGACUGUCUCUCGUUCAGACCGGACUCAGACCUCCUCGGGUCUUUGACUUGUCAGAACUUUUGCACAUUUGACACCAGAGCUCCUUUUUCACGCUGCAGUCCUCCAGGAGGAGACUUGGAGCUGCUUCAGGGUAGGUCAGAUGCUCUCUGGAUCUCACGCCUCUGAGCGAUGACUCCAGCUGAUGGACAAAUGUUCCAUUUGCUAAAUUAGAGGAAAGAUUGAUUUCCUUUCAGGUGCAGGUAUAAGCUAGUGAUGAGUUUUCAGGGACAGCUGUCCUUAAAGUCUCCUUGUGCAUCACUCGGCCUCCUGGAGGACGAUGACAUGGUGUCGUCUGCUGACGCUGAAGGAGCUCAGUGUCAAGCUAACCUGAUCCUGCUGCCCGACAUGACUCUAGUUAAUAUAAUAAAUAUCAAAGAAUGUGUAUAUAUUCUUCAUAUUACUCAGCUCUGGUAUCUAGAACUGCACCUAUGCACUAAUACCAAAGUAAUCACUGUUGCUGUAAAAUCCUGCGUAUUUGAAAUGGCCUUUAUCUGCUGAACCAGUGACCUGACAGGAGGGGACUGUGGUGACUGGAUUCAUUCUCUCUCUUACAUUUCAUCUUGUUUUCAAAGAGCAGGCAGAGACGUUUUACAGGAGUAAGCCAAGAAGUAACGAUACUACACAAGGUUUGAUUAUAUCACUCUGUUUAUUGGUCCACCCUCCUUUUCUGGCACCUUCCCCCUUGAUUCUUAAAGUCACACACUAACUGUGGUCUCUGAAUUUCACUCUCACUCUUCUCAGCUUUAGAUGUGUUAGAUUUAUUUAUGUCUUGUUCACACUGAGUGGAACAAAUCUUUGCAGAGUGAGAGCAUUUCAGUCUAAAGAGCUUUAAUUGAUUUUAUCUAAAGGUAAAUAUGUGUAAUGGCACAGACAGGGAGGGGGUUAAAAAGGGAUUUUAAGUUAUAAUGUUUCAGCUGAUUUCAGUUUAAAAACACUGUAAAUAUUUUAGGAACAAGGAAGUCGACCUGUUGGGAGACAUGCUUAUUUUUGUUAUUUGAGAGUGACGUGAAGAUUGAUACCACUUUCAUUUCUCUGAGUCUAAAUCCCUUUUUAUGUAGACAGUUCAAGACGCAAUAUUUAUACAUCUGGCCUUCACAAAGGCACAAUGGGUGGACAAAAUCACCCCAACGCUGCGCCGGCAUCAGAGGUAGUAACAGAGGCGAGAAAGGAUCGCUGUGGAGCUCCCACUGUGUGUGUACCUGUGUGUUUGAGCUCAACGCAGAGCGGUUGUUUCCCAUACACUCAAAUUGAGUCAUGCGCACACACACACGCAAAAUAACACCUCUGUGACAUUCAGAUUGAAGUCUCGAUGUUACAUGGGCUCAAAUGUCAUGUCUUGAACUGGCAAGAUGGAAAGGGUUAAAGUGAAACCACACACUUGGACACCACUCCAUCUCUUGAUCAAUAUGAAAGUUCAAAGGUGUAAUGAUGGCAGAGCUGCCUUGCAGUUCUGUUCAGGACUCUAAGUAAGGAAAGGGCUUCAGCUUAGCAUGAAGACUUGAAGCAGGAGGAACUUUCUAAAAUCUAUAAAGCUGAAGACUAUAAAGUAUCUCUCAUUUUUAUCUGUUUAUAAACAUAAAAAGAAAACACAUUGCUCACUUCAGAGGGAGGUCCAUGCUGUAAAUGUCUCUCUGUGACCAGGGGUGUGUCGUGUCAUCUGAUUGGCCACCCCAGGUGCCAACCCCAAAUCCUAUCUUGCUAAUAACUAAUUACCCUGUAAGAGGCAGGACUUAUUUUAAAAUCAGCUGUUUGGGACGUGUUAUCAGUGCCUUCAGUUGUGACUUAAGUCUUUAAAGAAUGAAGCUAAGAAGAUUUACACACAUGCCCAUGUGUUUUGGAGUAUAAAAGCUGUAUGAUACUUAACACGUAAAAGAUAUACACAGAUACCCCGGCCACCCCUGCUAGAGUUGGGCCACCCCAGUCGAAAAAGCCUGGACACGCCCCUGUGAGUGUGUAGCCUUGGACGAAGCCAUGCUAGUUGUUUCUCCUGCUUCCAGUGUUCAUUCUAGGCUAAGCCAAUCUAUUUCAAAUUCACAACUAAGAGUCUGGUAAAGAUCCUCUCAUCUGACUCGCAACAUUAAAGCAUGUUUCCCAGGAUGUAUCUACGACUUUAAAGGGUAAUUCCACUAUUCUUUUUAACCUGGAUGUGAUUUUUACAUAUUUUGGGGAUACACUCAGAUCGUUCUACCUCCCUCUUUACCUCCCUCUACUCUCCCUCUUUUCAGCUUUUUUCCUGCAACAGUUUACCUCUCCAACGAGAGCCAAAAAGAUUCUCUCUCUGAUUCUAAACUUAAAGCUCUUUCUCUGUUUUCUGUCGGACGGUAACUCAAAUCUUUAUCUACCUUUGUGUUUUCAUCAAGUCCCCAAAAUGAGUCAAAAGAUCUCCAGGUUAGAAGAAAGUAGCGACCUUCAUAUAACACUUUUAUUUAACUAUGCAUCAGAUCCUGAAUCUUUGGUUGAGUCCUUCAUAUUUGAAAAAAGGGUCAGUUCACCUAAAUUACAGAAACUCUUACAUUUUUUUAUACUUCAUUGAGGUCUUUUCCUCCAGGGACUCUGACCCUUCCACAGUCCAAAGUCACCCUCGUUAGGUUGAUCGAUCACUCUAAAUCAUCCAUAGGUGUCUGGUUGUUUGUCUCUGCAUGUCAGUCCUGUGAUUGACUGACAACAUGUCCCGGGUGUAACCCUGCCUCUUGCCCUAUGACCGCUGUGAUUGGCUCCAGCCCUCCUGCGACCCUGAACUGGUUAAGAUUUAAAUAUGAAGGAUGGACAUGUUUGUCCAGCCAUCGUUAACAUCGUUGGCUGUUUAGAGAAGUAGUUUAAUGAGCGUCUAAUCUUUAAGUUAGGUUAACAUGGAUGAUGUCCUUCAAGUGCCUAAAAAAGGAGAAAGUCUCACAAGUAAUGUGAGCGUUAUUCAAAGACAGCAGCUCUUACUGAGUGGGUGUUAUAAAAAAUGUCAUCAUGACUUAAACGACUCUGUGCUGAAUAUUUAAUCCAAAGAGAACACCGAGUUCUGAUGAGUCAGCAGGACGAGAUGUGAUAUCUGCAGUAAUUUGAGUGAACUGGCCCUUUAAUGUUUGUAGUGCAGCAUUAUGAAGCUGUAACAAACACACUGAGCCGAACACUGUAACAGCUUUCUCGACAGGUUUACCUCGACGUGAUCUGCAGCGCUUCUAAGUUCUCUGUUUUCAUGAAUCAAUGAAACUGACACUCGUUCAGCCUUCAUCAUCAUCGUCAUCCUCAUCAUCAUUAUGAAAACACUGUUAUCCCGCCAUGUUCCGUUAACAUUUCAAUAACCGGCAUGUUUACAGAGAUGAAUGAUGUCACUGUUUAUAUUUAGUAAAUUAUCUGUAAAAACAGAAUCAGUUAUAUUUUGCUUUUAAAUCGUGGACUGAAUUCCCGACCUGCUUUCAAAUGUACACAUUAAAAUACCUUCUUUUAUUUCA